UCUCUGAAAGUUUCUCGGCUGUGGGUUGGCGGGCCAGUGGGAUGGCAGACGAGGAAGAAGACCCCACCUUUGAGGAAGGAAAUGAAGAAACUGGAGGAGGUGCAGAAGGUGGACAGGGUAAAAGAAGGAGACUUUUUUCUAAAGAAUUGCGAUGUAUGAUGUAUGGCUUUGGGGAUGACCAGAAUCCUUAUACAGAGUCAGUGGAUAUUCUUGAAGAUCUUGUCAUAAAGUUUCUCACUGAAAUGACUCACAAGGCAAUGUCAGUUGGAAGACAAGGUCGAGUACAGGUUGAAGAUAUCGUCUUCUUGAUUCGCAAGGACCCAAGGAAGUUUGCCAGGGUGAAAGACUUGCUUACGAUGAAUGAAGAGUUGAAACGAGCUAGAAAAGCGUUUGAUGAAGCAAAUUAUGGAUCUUGACAGUUUUUGUAGUUUCUGAAAAUUACCAUCUGGGGAAACCAUAUAUAAUAAUAGUAUAUUUUCUAAAGUAAGGUUCUGAUAUCUAGCCAUGUAAACGAAAGAUGGAGAAACACAAAGUUUUCAGCCUUUAUUUUUAUGCCUUUGAUUUUAGAGUGAUAUUGGUGCAUGUAAUCGCCUGCCUUUGUAUUACCAUACUUGAAUCACUUACUGGGUUUUAAUGACCACACGUAAGUCAAAGUACCUUGCAAACCGUGUCGUUCCUUCUGACUUUUGACUAUCUAAAGGAUAAAGUAGUAUUUGUGUGUUAGGUAUGUUUAUAACCUUGUAACCUUGUAAGAUAUACUGUAGCUUUUUUUUUUUUGAGACGGAGUCUCACUGUGUCGCCAGGCUGGGGUGCAGUGGUGUGAUCUCGGCUCACUGCGGGCUCCGCCUCCCGGGUUCAGGUGAUUCUCCUUCCUCGGCCUCUCGAGUGGCUGGGAAGUGCAGGCGCCUGCCACCAUGCCUGGGUAACUUUUUGUAUUUUUGGUGGUGAUGGGGUUUCGCCAUGUUGGCCAGGAUGGUUUCGAUCUCUGAACCUCAUGAUCCGCCUGCCUCGGCCUCCCAGGGUGCUGGGAUUGCAGGCGUGAGCCACCGUGCCUGGCCUACUGUAGCUAUUUAAUAUGUGAAAUCUAAAUGGCAUUUUUUACUUCACAGCUCAGACUUCUGCUUCAUGAAUUCAGAAGUUUUUAGACAACAACUAGUUUAUUGUCUAGUUCAUUAUU